AAUUUGCAAAUAAACUUGUCUGUAUUUACAUACUCCAAAGUAAAUUUAUUUGUAUUUGUUCUACAAUAAAAGUUUAUUACCGCGCUGAUUAUAGAAUUAUUAAGUAUUUGAACUUGCGAAUUUUGCGAAUUAACAAGGUACGUGAUACUUCACGCAAAAACACAUAAACCCAAAAACAAAAAAAAGUAUUUUGUAACAACUUACAGAACAUUAUGCAACGAAUUGCAGUAAUUGGAGGCACCGGUAUGACCGGACAAUGUGUUGUCGAUUAUGCAUUACAAAAAGGACUUCAAGUACGUUUGUUAUACCGUACCGAAAAAACUGUUCCAGAACGUUUUAAGGGUAAAGUAGACAUGGUGCAAGGAAAUGUUACGAAUUAUGAUGACUGCUUAAAAGUGGUAGAGGGUGUGGAUGCGGUAUGCAUUAUUUUAGGUACCCGUAACAAACUAGAGGCUACGACAGAACUUUCAACUGGUACCGCCAACUUUAUAAAAGUAAUGAAGGCUUUAAAUGUAACAAAAUAUUCAAUUAUUAUGUCUUCGUUUCUAUUACGUCCUUUGUCUGAGGUACCGGCAAUGUUUCACCGUCUCAAUGAGGAGCAUCAACGAAUGUUGGAUCUGACAAAAGCAUCGGAUUUGGAAUAUAUUGCUAUACUUCCACCUCAUAUAGCUGAUGAGCCUUCAACUGCAUAUACUGUGCUUCAUGAUGAAGCUCCUGGACGCCUAGUGUCUAAAUAUGACUUGGCCAAAUUUAUAGUGGAUUCUUUAGAACAGCCAGAACAUUACGGCAAAGUGUGCGGCAUUGCAAAAAAGGCUGAAUAAUUGUAAGUUAUAUCAAGAGAAUUUAUAAAAUGCAGUUAAUGCACAACAUUUACAUAAAAAUUCAAUUGUGCCUUAAAAAUGUAUAAGUUAGUAAAAUAUGGCACGAGCAAGCAUUUUUAUUGCAUUUUUUAACCAUUGCAGCUAGAAUUUUAAGUAAACAAUAAUUUUAAAUGCUUUGUAUUUUUAAAUUGCGUAAUUAAAAGAACAAUUUAGUAUAAAAGCAGCUAUUUAGAAACAAAAUUAUGUAUAUUAUUAAUUAUUGAAACUAAAAAGACCCUGAGUAUUAAAAAAAUAUAAACAAAUGGAUUAAAAUGUAUUAUUUCAAUACAUACACUUAUAAAUGAUAUACAUAUAUAAAAAAUUUAACUUUAUAAUCGAUUUUAAAUACCGGUGGUAUUAUUUAAUUUUUAAUUAUUACAUUAUAUAAUACGAAAAAGAA